UUACACUGGCGAUGCCUUGCCCGGAGAUGGGAACUUCCGGUGUCACACCAGUUUCCUGGGCUUAGGGCAUUUAAAUCCAGCUGGAAGGGGCUGAUGUGCAUCUGAGGGUCCAGCCUAUUGCACUGGAGGGGGCUUUUAUUUAUUUUGCACUGUGCAUCCCUAAUUGUGUCAUUGAGCUGAUACAUUGUAGCAGAGAAGAUCCCAGCACAUUCUCUCUCCCCUUUGGAUUAUACAGAAACAUUGACAAUACUGACAAUCAAAUCCUGCAAAAAUUAGCUUUUUAAUUUUUAUAUUGCAAAAUAUUGUCUGAUUGUCAGUGGUUCCCCUUUAUUUCAGCGUAGUCGUCGUCCCCCCCUAAUUCCAUAUCUUCUUCUUCUUCAUCUUCUGCGCCCAGAGAUGUUCAGCUGGCUGGGGAACGAUGACCGCAGGAAAAAGGAUCCUGAAGUUUUCCAGACAGUCAGCGAUGGGCUGAAGAAACUCUACAAGACCAAGCUGCUGCCCCUGGAAGAAUAUUACAAAUUCCAUGAAUUUCAUUCGCCAGCUUUGGAGGACGCGGAUUUUGAUAACAAGCCCAUGAUCCUGCUGGUGGGACAAUACUCUACGGGGAAGACCACCUUUAUCCGGUAUCUCCUGGAGCAGGACUUCCCCGGAAUGAGGAUCGGCCCGGAGCCCACCACAGAUUCCUUCAUUGCGGUGAUGCAGGGCGAUGUUGAAGGGGUUAUUCCAGGCAACGCUCUAGUGGUGGACCCCAAAAAACCUUUCCGAAAACUCAAUGCCUUUGGAAACGCCUUCCUAAACAGGUUCGUGUGUGCACAGUUGCCCAACCCAGUCCUGGAGAGCAUCAGCGUGAUCGACACCCCUGGGAUCCUUUCCGGAGAGAAACAGAGGAUCAGUCGAGGCUACGAUUUCGCGGCAGUGUUGGAAUGGUUCGCCGAGAGGGUGGACCGCAUCAUUCUGCUCUUCGAUGCCCACAAGCUGGACAUUUCCGACGAGUUCUCCGAAGUCAUCAAAGCCCUGAAGAACCACGAGGACAAAAUGAGGGUGGUCCUGAACAAGGCCGAUCAGAUCGAGACCCAGCAGCUGAUGAGGGUUUACGGCGCCCUCAUGUGGUCCUUGGGGAAAAUUGUCAACACCCCCGAGGUGAUCAGGGUCUACAUCGGGUCUUUCUGGUCUCACCCCCUCCUCAUCCCUGACAACCGCAAACUGUUCGAGGCCGAGGAGCAGGACCUGUUCAGGGACAUUCAGAGCCUACCGCGGAACGCGGCGCUCAGGAAACUCAAUGACCUGAUCAAGAGAGCACGACUGGCCAAGGUCCAUGCAUACAUCAUCAGUUCCUUGAAGAAGGAUAUGCCGGCCGUCUUUGGAAAAGACAAUAAGAAGAAGGAAUUGAUUGGAAGUUUGGGAGAGAUUUAUGCUCGAAUUGAACGAGAACAUCAGAUUUCACCUGGAGACUUCCCCAACCUGAAGAAGAUGCAGGAUCUUUUGCAAUCCCAAGAUUUUAACAAAUUCCAACCUCUGAAGAGCAAGCUCCUGGAGACCGUGGAUGAGAUGCUGGCCCAUGACAUCGCCCACUUGAUGGUGCUGGUUAGACAAGAAGAAACGCAGAAACCAGUCCAGAUAGUUAAAGGAGGCGCAUUUGAGGGCACCCAGAAUGGCCCAUUUGGACAUGGUUACGGGGAAGGGGCAGGUGAAGGCAUUGACGAUGCAGACUGGGUAGUAGCCAGAGAUAAGCCUAUGUACGACGAGAUCUUCUACACUUUGUCUCCUGUCAACGGCAAAAUCACUGGUGCCAAUGCCAAGAGGGAGAUGGUGAAGUCCAAGCUGCCCAAUACUGUUCUUGGAAAGAUCUGGAAGCUUGCCGACAUAGACAAAGAUGGUUUGCUGGACGAUGAGGAGUUUGCCUUGGCCAACCACCUAAUAAAGGUGAAAUUAGAAGGUCAUGAGCUUCCCAAUGAUCUGCCCUGCCAUCUAAUCCCACCAUCCAAGAGAAAGGUGACGGAGUGAACCCAGAGGGAACAUUGUCAAGUGUUGGAAUGAGGGAGGAGACCCAAGAAGUAACAGAGUUUAAGUUGAUGCUAUUAAGGUGGAGUGAACCUGCUGUGGCAUUUCGGUUUAACAAGAUAUAUCCAUCUCGAGAUGCUAUUCACCACUGAGCUUUUAUUAACCCUUAACCAGAAGCUAAUAUUUGUUCCUUUGUGCUGACCUGGACUAAAUGAAGAUGAAAAUAUAUUCUAAAAAAAUAAAGGGAAGAGAGACUGUGAAGACUGUAACGUGUUCUUGGAUCUGUGUAGCGUUUUGUAUUAUGCUUCCUUUAUUCUUGAUGCUUCCCAGAUACCUCAUUGUAUUGUUUUCCGCCCAUGUGUUUUCAGUUUGUUGUUUUUAUGUCCUGUAUGUGUCUGUUAUACUGAGAAUGUCCAUGUAGGAUGAUGUUUGGUUGUAAAAUCGGGUUCUCCCCUGUUGGCUUUUCUUCACACUAAGAGGUUGGAGAUUACCAUAAUUCGUGUCCAUUGUAGACCACACGUAGGUUCAUUCAUCAUGUACUGACCCACCUGAUGGUUUGUGUCCAUUGUAGACCACACAUAGGGUUCAUUCAUCAUGUACUGACCCACCUGAUGGUUCGUGUCCAUUGUAGACCACAUGUAGGUUCAUUCAUCAUGUACUGACCCACCUGUUGGGUCGUAUCCAUUGUAGACCACACGUAGGUUCGUUCAUCAUGUACUGACCCACCUGAUGGUUCGUGUCCAUUGUAGACCACACAUAGGGUUCAUUCAUCAUGUACUGACCCACCUGAUGGCUCGUGUCCAUUGUAGACCACACAUAGGUUCAUUCAUCUUGUACUGACCCACCUGAGGGUUUGUGUCCAUUGUAGACCACACAUAGGGUUCAUUCAUCAUGUACUGACCCACCUGAUGGUUCGUGUCCAUUGUAGACCACACGUAGGUUCAUUCAUCAUGUACUGACCCACCUGUUGGGUCGUAUCCAUUGUAGACCACACGUAGGUUCAUUCAUCAUGUACUGACCCACCUGUUGGGUCGUAUCCAUUGUAGACCACACAUAGGGUUCAUUCAUCAUGUACUGACCCACCUGAUGGUUCGUGUCCAUUGUAGACCACACGUAGGUUCAUUCAUCAUGUACUGACCCACCUGUUGGGUCGUAUCCAUUGUAGACCACACGUAGGUUCGUUCAUCAUGUACUGACCCACCUGAUGGUUCGUGUCCAUUGUAGACCACACAUAGGGUUCAUUCAUCAUGUACUGACCCACCUGAUGGCUCGUGUCCAUUGUAGACCACACAUAGGUUCAUUCAUCUUGUACUGACCCACCUGAUGGCUCGUGCCCAUUGUAGACCACACGUAGGUUCUUUAAUUAUAUACAGAUCUACCUGAUUAUUUUGUGAUUGUAGAACCAACCUAAUGCUUUGUGUUCAUUGUAGACCCCACCUGGGUAUAUUCAACAUAUAUGGACCUAUCUGAUGGUUUUUGUAUAGUCCAGACCCUACCUGUCACCACGUACAGACCUAACUGAGGGUUCCUAUCCAUUGUAGACCCUAUGAGGUACAUUUAUCAUAAUAAUAGACCAACUUUACGUACAGACCUACCUGAGGGUUCCUGUCUAUUGUAGACCUUAUGUAGGUACAUUCAUCCUAUAUGGACCUACCUGUUAGUCCAUGUCCAUUGUAGACCCUACAUGGGUACGUUCAUUAUAUAUGGACCUAUCUGUUGAUUUUGUCUAUUACAGAUCUUACCUGCCAUCACAUACAGACCUACCUUAGGGUUCCUGUCCAUUGUAGACCCUACGUUUUUAAUACAUUAUGUUCACAUCUAAGAGAUGUUGUUUUUUGUACAUGGUAGAUCUGAUGUAGGCACCAAAUUUAUCAUAUAUAGACCUACCAGAUGGUGAGUGUUCAUUGUAGACCCUAUGGUGUGCUUUGACCUUGUGUAUGGAGAUGACAAUUGUGGAGAACUUUUUUUUUACUGAUAUUUCAGAUCCUUGUGGGUGAGGGUAGGGGAAUUCUGCUACUUGUGCCACAUGAAGCCUGAUGGAGCAUGAGCUUGAUGCCCAUCAUCCUGUGACUUUCCCCCAAUUUGCUAUUUUUCCAACCCCCUAGUGGUCAGUAUUGGGGUGAAACGAAUUUCCCUUGAUUUUUACGGGAUCUUCAAACCAUAGAAAAGGCCAGCUUGCACAACUUUUGCUGCAAAUUCUGACCUUGUCAAGACCUUCUUUAUAGUCAUUGGGCAUCAUAUUAUAUGCAAAAGCAUGGCAUGAGUAUUUUUCAUCCUCAGAUUUAGUAUCAAUACUAUUGAUUUGAUAGAAUGAGAGGACACAACCUUAGAGGCUAGAUAUGCCAUGAAGUGUUAUAAGGUUGAAGUAGAGGACCAUGAGUUUGGGAUGUGUAUUAAAAUGAUAGAUGGGAAACAGAGGCAGCCAUGCUGUUAGGCUGGACCAUGGUCCAUUCAGAAUUAGUAGUGAUAUCCGUGAGGUAUGAGGUGCACUGUGCCUUAUGCCUCAUGUAUUGAUACUUAAAAUGGAUCAUUGGUUGAUGCAAAAAAUAAAA